ACCAAAAUGCUGUGUGGGGAUUGCCUCACCCACCCCCUACAAUCCUUAUAAAAAGGCCUGAUUUGUUCGGCGAGUUAAGCAAGAGAGUGUGGUGAAAGAGAGAUGGAGUGGAGGGCUUGUUAUUUGGAUGUGAUAUUGGUGCCAUUAGGCAUGCUCAUCCCCAUUGCUUAUCAUUGCUGGUUAUGGCAUAAGGUUAGGACUCAGCCUCUCGCUACCAUCAUCGGCAUCAAUUCCACCGGACGACGCUUCUGGGUCUCUGCCAUCAUCAAGGACAACGAGAAAAAGAACAUCCUGGCAGUCCAAACGCUUCGAAACACCAUAAUGGGAUCGACCCUAAUGGCCACAACAUCCAUCCUGCUGUGUGCUGGGUUGGCAGCCGUCAUCAGCAGCACUUACACCGUCAAAAAGCCACUCAAUGACUCUAUAUUCGGAGCUCACGGGGAGUUCAUGGUGGCUCUCAAGUACGUCACAAUCCUAUGUAUCUUCCUCUUCUCGUUUUCGUGCCACACCUUAUCUAUCAGGUUCAUAAACCAAGUCAACAUCCUCAUCAACACUCCCCAAGACCCCACCUCCAUUGUCACCCCUCACUACCUGUCCGACUUGCUCGAAAAAGGGUUCCUCUUGAACACUGUGGGCAACAGGCUCUUCUACGCUGCGCUUCCUCUCCUGCUAUGGAUCUUUGGCCCCGUGCUCGUCUUUGUUGGCUCCAUCACCAUCGUCACUUUGCUUUACAACCUUGACUUCGUGUUUGGGUUUAGGAGAAACAAGCAAAUUGAUGUUGGAGACUGUGAAUCAGGGUGAUCCUACUCGUAAUGCCCUGGCAAAUGCCAUGCAUGCGGUACUAGAUUCCUUGGUUUGCUUCUCUAAUUAUAAGUAUACAUGUGAAGUGAAGCAAUUCCCGUUGCUUCACUAAUAAUUAAGUAUGACCCCCCCCCCUCCCCAAUUUGUAAUGCAAAUGAUGAAGUAUAUAGCUAGUCUCUAGCUAGCAACUGAGAGCAUUCAUUCAA